UCGAUGUUUAGUUCCGGCCGCAAACCCUUCUCUUCUUCCAGGCCGGCGGGCCCGCUUCUACCCGUUGUCCAUGGCGAGCAGGAGCAGCUUGAAGGCCCAGGAAAGAGAAGGCAUUCCCGGCGGCGGAGGGGACAUGCUCGCCGGCAGCCCGCGCCUCUCUUUGGCCUGCUCCUGGGAGUGCUUGGCUGAGCUGACCAGCGUGGUGCGCCUCGUCCCGGAAGGAGAGCUCGGCUCCUGGGAGAAGGAAGGUGAAAACAUUGUUGUUCUUGAAAGACGCUUAAACCCUGACAACAAUACUCCGUGUUCACUAUACUUGCACUGUGACGCCUAUGGAUCGGAAGAAAUUGUUGGUCUUGGCAUUGUGAGUGAGGCACGAAACAUGGAAGUCUACAUUGGGGAAGAAUACUGUGGAACAGCAAGGGGAGAAAAAAUCUGCACUAUGGAACACGAGAGCAAAAAUGACCACGUUACAUUAUACAAAAAAUAUCUUAAACUGGAGUGCUCCACAGCCUCUUGUAAGAUUAAGUUACUUUCCAUCAGUGAAAAACAAAGAGUUUUCCUCAGUAAAAUCAUAGUACUAGUCAAAUCAGUUUCUAAAAAAGCUGUGCCAGACUUGGCUUCCCUUGGAACAGGAAUAGACCUGGGCAAAGUACAAACUAUUGUGGAAUCUAUGGGUUCCAAAUUAUCACCUGGGGCUCAACAGCUCCUGGAUAUGGUUCGCGUUCAACAGCAGAAUGGACUUCCUUUUGGAGGCAAGUUACAAAAUAUUUUGGGGAGAAAUGGACUUGCACUUGGAAACAACCAUACUGUUGAUGGAUGGAAAAAGGCAGCCAAUCUUGGAAGAUUGGAUGACCUGCCCAAUAAUCUUUCUCUUCUAAAUGAUAACUCGGCAGCUGGAAUGCUUACAGAAGAUUUAAACAUUGAUAAGAACAAACACCAUUCUAAUAUGGUGGUUCCUUCAGGACAUCAGGCUCCUGAGCCAAGUGCGGUAGUUUUGCAAAAUGACUUUAAAGAUUUAGUGUCAUCGUUUUUAGAAGAGCAAGGAAAUAAAAACACAAGCAUUGCCAGUUCCACACAGCUGCUUCCAUUUCUUCAAACUAUUUGUGGUCAGGUGAAUCGUCUACGAAUAGAUGAAAAGAACAAGCACUGCGAGAACAGCACUCUAUCUGAAGAUGAUGGGAUACAAACUUUUAGUAUAGAUCAACAGCCUGUUUGCCUGCACUUAGAAAAGAUCAUCUCGAAAAAGAUGGAACUGAUGGAGAAGAGAUUGAUGGACUAUAUUGAUCUGCAUAUGCAGAAACUACAAGAACAUGUUGAUAAUAAAAUUGCUGCAAUAAUGGAUUUGGUUCCGGUUCAAAGUAUUGUUGCACAAGAACCCGAACUUUUCAGGGAAGAACACACAGAUGGGAAGAGGUAGGUAUUUUUUUUUUAAAAGGAAGACCUUAACCUCAGUGUUCUGUAAAUCAAGUAUUUAUUUUGCAAGCUUUUCAAAGCUUCAGGCUUUGGAGCUUGUAAAUAUUUGAAAACCUUGGGAUUCAUAUUUGUUUGUUUACUGUAACUUUGUCAGUGUUGUACACUAAUGUUAGUGUUUGAGUAUCGGUAACUUACAAAAGACACCAAUAUUUUUUUACAGUUGAGGGAAUUUUUUAACAUCUGCUUAUGACUUAUUUAUUCAUAAACAUUGAAAAGGUUACUUUUCUGGGAUAUUUGUCAAUACUGUAUUGAAUCCUUGAGAAACACUCUAAAUAAAGCAAUUUGCAGCUUUGUUAAUA